AUGCUCAAUGUACUGAUGACCUUGACAUUCCGAGAAUUGUUAGCAGUAUCUCCAGAUGUCAGGAAAAUGGUCAAUUAUCAGACAUCAGUUCACUGGACCCAAUGUGGAGUACAACCAGUUUUUCUACAAGAGGAUACUGACAGUAUUGACACCAUGGCUGUGACAGAUGGUACAUGCUGCAAGGCUGUACAGGCAAAAGAUGUCCCCACAUGGGCUCACACACUGCACAUUUCCAGCAAUGAUGCCCCAGCAAGCAUGGUCAUUGGCAAAACUAUUGUCCCCUUGUGUGCUAUCAAAUUAUUGGUCAGUGACAAUGACAUGAAAAUGCAUGGGUGCCUUGACUCUGGUUCAGUAUUGGUUGCCAUGAACUACAAUAUGUGGAAAGAUCUGAAAGUACCAUAUUAUCCAGACUCAGUCAUCAACAUGGAAAGUGCAAAUGAUCAAGCAAGUAGCACAUUAGGAUGUGUUCAUAACCUUUGUGUCACUAUCGGACCUAUAUCUCUCUUCUUACAAGUCCAUAUUGUCUGCAAAUCACCAUUCGAUUUGCUUCUUGGACAACCCUUCCUCACAUUGCUCAAGUGCCAGUCUUUAGACCUAUUGAAUGGGGAUCAACAACUAAUGCUAACAUGCCCCAAUACCACAAUAAUGAUCAUCAUUCCAACCCAGAACUGGGCCCCUUGA